AUGGCUGCCUCACUCCGACUGGGCAGCGCAGCCCUCCGCGCAUCCUCGAGACCUGUCCUGUCAAGAGCCGCAUACUCCGGCGUCCGAGCUGCGAGUACCCAGUCGCUGAAGGAAGUCUUCGCUGCCAAGCUGCCUGGUGAAAUCGAGAAGAUCAAGAAGCUCCGAUCAGAAGCUGGUAACAAGGUCGUCGGCGAGGUCACUCUCGACCAGGUCUAUGGUGGUGCUCGAGGCAUCAAGUCACUCGUGUGGGAAGGGUCAGUCCUUGACUCCGAGGAAGGCAUUCGCUUCCGCGGGCGGACGAUCCCAGAAUGCCAGGAGCAGCUCCCUAAAGCUCCUGGCGGAGAGGAACCUCUUCCUGAGGGUCUCUUCUGGCUUCUCUUGACUGGCGAGGUUCCCAGCGAGCAGCAAGUCCGCGACCUCUCCGCCGACUGGGCUGCGCGUGCCGAGCUCCCGAAGCACGUCGAGGACCUCAUCGACCGCUGCCCGUCAACUCUCCACCCCAUGGCUCAAUUUUCGAUCGCCGUGGUUGCCCUCGAGCACGAGUCCGAGUUCGCGAAAGCCUACGCUAAGGGUAUCAACAAGAAAGAGUACUGGUCAUACACAUUCGAGGAUUCGAUGAACCUCAUCGCGAAGCUGCCCACUAUCGCAGCCAAGAUCUACCGCAAUGUCUACAAGGAUGGCAAGGUUGCUCCGAUCCAAAAAGACCAGGACUUCUCCUUCAACUUGGCCAACCAGCUGGGCUACGGGGACAACAAGGACUUCAUCGAGCUAAUGCGUCUGUACAUGACCAUUCACACCGAUCACGAAGGUGGCAACGUUAGUGCUCACACCACCCACUUGGUCGGUAGCGCUCUCAGCUCGCCUAUGCUGUCUCUGGCUGCCGGCCUGAACGGUCUGGCCGGUCCUCUGCACGGAUUGGCCAAUCAGGAGGUGCUCAACUGGCUCACGCAAAUGAAGCAGUCUGUUGGCAGCGAUCUGAGCGACAAGUCGAUCACCGACUACCUCUGGUCGACCUUGAAGGCUGGACGCGUGUUCGCCCUCCGCAAGCUUCCUGAGGAUCCCAUGUUCAAGCUGGUCAGCCAGGUCUACAAGAUUGCUCCCGGUGUCUUGACCGAGCACGGCAAGACCAAGAACCCAUAUCCCAAUGUCGAUGCUCACUCUGGUGUCCUCCUGCAGUACUACGGCUUGACUGAAGCCAACUACUACACAGUCCUGUUCGGCGUGUCUCGUGCUCUUGGUGUUCUCCCGCAACUCAUCAUCGACCGUGCCGUCGGUGCUCCGAUCGAGCGGCCCAAGUCAUUCAGCACAGAAGCAUACGCCAAGCUUGUCGGAGUUUCCCUGUAG